CAGUAGGUGGGGUUUCAGGCGACAGUGUACACCAUGUACGCGGACAUUGAAACCAGCCGAGCAGUCUUUAAAAUGGACUUAAGAGAACAAGUCAUAAAUGUUCAAGUGAAGCUACAGCUACAGCUGCAUUAACAGCGUGGAUUUCUAUUCAGUAGUUUCACGGUUUCAUUUGGUUGCAGGAGUAAAAACAACAGUCCUGUCCUCCAGAAUGGACUUGGCUCCAGGAUAAAGUGAGACAUGUCUCCUGUUGUUUACCUCUCUCUCCUGCUGGUGUUAUCGUAUCUCCAGCAGGUCACCUCGGACUCACGUGUUUUCAGGAACCAGCCUGAUGUUGUCGGAUCAUCUUCAGCCAACAACACACAAACCAAGAUGUUCAAAGGCAGCAACGAUGAGUGUCACCUUGUGAUGAACCUCAGUGCUGCAGACCGCUGUGCAUUUGUGAAGAACACACCAGACUGUAACAUGGAAGAUGGCUUCAUCAACUACCUUCAUAUGGCCUUUUGUCUGCUCCCUCCCAACCUCACACCUCUCACCAUCACUCUCUGUAUGAUAUGGCUGUUCUUUCUGUUUAUCAUUCUGGGACUCGCAGCGUCGAAGUUUUUCUGUCCCAACCUGUCAGCCAUCUCUACCAGUCUGCACCUCACUCACAAUGUGGCUGGUGUGACGUUUCUAGCUCUUGGUAAUGGAGCUCCUGACGUCUUCAGUGCCAUAGCAGCUUUCUCCCACCCACGCACUGCUGGGCUGGCUGUCGGAGCCUUGUUUGGAGCUGGUAUAUUUGUCACCACAGUAGUAGCAGGCAGCGUGGCGCUGGUCAAGCCUUUCACUGUGGCCUCCCGUCCAUUUCUGCGUGAUGUCAUCUUCUACAUGGUGGCAGUGUUUUGGACUUUUCUCAUGUUGUACAGAGGAACCACGGCACUGGGAGAAAUUCUGGGGUACCUUGUUCUCUAUGUGGUGUAUGUAUUGACUGUUAUUAUCAGUGCGUACAUCUACAACCGGCAGAAACAUUCAAUGAACUCCAGUGUCCGGAGUGCUCCAGAUAAUCCAGAGUUACACUCGUCCGACUCGUCUGAUGAUGAAGACGUCCCCUGCCUGAAUGGAGGGAGCAUCCAACAGGAGUAUGAGUCAGAGUACAGGCCACUUCUACCUUACUCUGAGUCCACAAGUCAGAUCCUGCUAAACUCUCUGAACCCGGUGGACAACAGGAAGUGGAGGAGGAAAUCAUGGAGCUGGAGAGUCCUCAAAGUACUGAAGACACCUCUAGAGGUCCUACUGCUGCUCUGCAUCCCUGUGGUCGACCCUGAUAAAGAAGACAGGAACUGGAGACGCCCACUGAACUGUUUUCAUCUAAUCAGUGCUCCUCUGGUGUGUUUGCUCACCUUUCAGUCUGGAAUGUAUGUAGAUUAUAUGAUCCAAGGGCAGUUUCCUCUCUGGCUGCUGAUGCUUCUGCUGGGACUUUUCCUGUCUGCUAUUGUGUUCUGCACCACCACUAAUGACAGCCCUCCCAGAUAUCAUCCACUGUUUGCUCUGUUGGGCUUUGUGGUGAGUGCAGUGUUGAUCAGUGCAGCGGCCUCAGAAGUGGUCAGUCUUCUCCACAUGCUCGGCGUUGUGCUGAGUCUCAGCAACACUGUGCUGGGGUUGACUCUGUUGGCCUGGGGCAACAGCAUAGGAGACUGUUUCUCUGACAUCACCAUAGCCCGGCAGGGUUACCCACGAAUGGCAAUAGCUGCCUGCUUUGGAGGCAUCAUUUUCAACAUGCUGUUUGGAGUCGGUAUAGGAUGUCUGUUGCAGAUGCUUACAACGCACUCUGAUGUGGAGUUUGAACCACAGGGUUUGUUGACGUGGAUUCUAGCAGGAUUUCUAGGUUUGUCUUUGAUCCUUUCCUUCAUCACCGUUCCACUGUGCCGGUUCCACUUGGGUUCGAAAUAUGGGAUCUUCCUCAUCGUCUUUUAUGUCAUCUUCCUUCUCAUUGCACUGCUCACAGAGUUUGGAAAGAUCCACCCUAUGUAAAUCUGAAUCUCAGGCCAGUCUGAGAUGAGGGACGUCCUCCCGGGAAGCAAAAUGAGACACUGGAACAGAACUUCACCCUCUUCUCUGCACCAUUUUAAUGCACUAUUUAUACAAGAAUCAACAGAACUUUGUGCACUUGCCUUUUACCAAAAGCCGUCUGAAACCAAGCAGACAAAUGAUCGACAAACAGACUUUUCUGCUCAGGGAGAGCUGGAACUUUUAUUCGACUUCUUGUUUGUGCUUACUGGAUCUGUGAUGGCACUUUGUGAGUCCGGAGGGAAAACAUAGGUUGUAUAAAUGUAUACUUUAAAACAUUGUGGAUUACCUAAAUGUACUGUGGAACAUGUUAAAAUGAACUUGUACAAAGCUGCUUUUGGGGUAUUAAAUCAUUUUUGGUUUGGUA